AUGACCGAAUACAAGCACCCAGGACGGUCCCUGCGUCGCCGACCGAUGGUCGACGAAGCCCUCCCCAUGAAAGGACGAGUCCUGUUAGGGACCAGUUCUCGGAAUCAGGUUCGACGGUCGUACACUGGCAUCUCUUUCACCUCUCGUCCGGAUGCCGUCAGGUACAAUGCGUCUAGUGGCACCCUGCGUCGGCCCAGGCAUCAUAGCCGCAAGAACUCGCAGAAUACCCGAUUUGGCCCGGACGGCAACUCUCAUCCUUCCGGGCCUGGUGCGGAUGACGCAGCUGCAAAGGACGGCAUGAUGGCGUCCUCGUUCCUUGAUGAGCGGCUGUGGUACGACCAGUUCACCUCUAUCGACUGGGUCCACGACAGCAUAGCGGACGGGAUUCGUCUCAGAAAACUGAGAAGCAGAAAGGACCUUCGUGGGAGGUUGCUUGCCUUGUUCGAUAGUGUCCAAGGUUGGAUUUUGGUUGCAGUCAUUGGAUGCAUUACUGCUGCCAUUGCCUAUUUCGUCGAUGUCACGGAGAACACUAUCUAUGACCUCAAAGACGGAUUCUGUACUACGACUUGGUUCGCCAGCAGAAAGUCUUGCUGCCGGAGUGAGGUGACAUGCGAUGCCUGGCGAUCGUGGUCGCAGAUUCUGGGGCCAAGCAGUGUCGACCAUGAGUCGGUGGACUUUGCGCUCUACGUUGUUUGGGCGGUUGUGCUCGCCGCGGCUGCAUGUGCUCUGACGCUUUUUACCAAGACGGUCGUGCCAUCUACUAUCUCGUUGUCUACCCUAGAUGAGAACCUGGGGGCCGAGUUGGGUGCUGGAAAUUCGAGCCCGAGCGGUUUUUUCUCUACGCUGCGAAGUCGUCCGGCUAUGGUUUACUAUUCUGCCGCGGGCAGUGGAGUAGCAGAGGUUAAAGUCAUCCUAAGCGGCUUUGUCUUGCAUGGUUAUUUGGGGCUGAAGACGCUCGUGUUCAAGACUCUGGCUUUGAUCUUGGCUAUUUCGUCGGGGCUGAGCUUAGGGAAAGAGGGCCCUUAUGUCCAUAUUGGCUCUUGUGUCGGGAACAUCUGCUGCCGGAUCUUUGCCAAGUAUCGCAAUAAUGACGGCAAAAGGCGCGAGGUUUUGAGUGCAAGCGCGUCCAGCGGUGUGGCUGUUGCUUUUGGAGCUCCUAUCGGCGGUGUUCUCUUUGGGUUAGAAGAAGUCAGGUAUCUAUUACUUUCCUCCCAAAACGCUUUUCAGGACCUUCUUUUGUUGCAUUGCUGCCGCGUUGUCAUUGAAAUUCCUCAACCCAUAUGGAACAGGCAAAAUCGUUCUUUUCGAGGUCCGUUACCUAUCAGACUGGGAGAUUUUGAGAUGAUGGUCUUCGUCCUCCUGGGCGUUCUGGGUGGUGUGGCGGGUGCCUUGUUCAUCAAGGCCGCAGGCUUGUGGGCGCGAUCUUUCCGACGGAUACCGAUUAUCAAAAAAUGGCCGAUGCUAGAGGUUGUACUCGUGGCCCUGGUUACAGGGCUAGUGAGCUAUUGGAAUCGGUACACGAAGCUGGCUGUCUCGGAGCUCCUUUCUGAACUCGCUACUCCCUGCAAUAGGACUAGCGAAUCAGAAACAGGGUUGUGUCCUGACAAGGACGGGAUCAUGGAGGUGGUCCGGUACCUGCUAGCUGCUUUUCUCAUCAAGAGCAUAUUGACAAUCAUUACGUUUGGUAUCAAGGUGCCUGCUGGUAUUUAUGUCCCAUCGAUGGUGGUUGGCGGUCUGAUGGGACGGAUAGUGGGACAUAUCACUCAGUAUUUUGUUGUGACGUACCCCGACUUCUUCUUGUUUGCCAGCUGCCCAGCAACCCCUGGAAUGGAAUCAUGCGUCACGCCUGGUGUUUAUGCAAUGAUUGCGGCAGGGGCCACUAUGUGCGGUGUGACCCGGUUGUCUGUGACGCUGGCCGUCAUCUUGUUCGAGUUGACGGGAAGUCUGAACCACGUUCUUCCCUUCUGCAUCGCUGUGCUGUGCGCCAAAUGGACAGCUGAUGCCAUUGAGCCUCGAAGCAUUUACGAUUUGCUCAUCGACAUGAAUUCGUAUCCAUUCCUUGACAACAAGACUCAUCCCAUCUGCGAUGCAGAGUUGGGUGAUCUCGUUCCACCCGUCCGGAAACAUCGCAUCAUUGACAUUUCCAACUCGCCCCUCGUACCCGCCAGAGAGCUGCGUGAAAAGUUGGACUACCUGCUCAUGGCUGGCGAGCUCGACAGUGGUCUGCCGAUUGUCCGAGACAAUAUCCUGGUGGGACUGAUUCCUGCCCCUGAUCUGGAGUUCGCUUUGGAUAAAUUGGAAGAUGAGGACAACGAGCUCUGCAUUAUGUCUGUCGACAGGUCCUAUACCGAUAUACAAGAGGGGAAUGACGACAACAGAGCUUCUUGGCGAGACUUUACGCCGUAUAUUGAUCCGGCCCCUGUUGCUCUCGACAUACACUCGCCCAUUGACCUGGUCUAUCAGUGCUUCAUGAAGCUGGGCCUGCGAUACAUCUGCGUUCUCCGCGAUGGCAAGUUCGUAGGCCUGGUGCACAAAAAGCUGUUUGUGAAAUUCAUGAAGGAGAACGAGGAAAUCUAG